AACACUGGACCUCACCUAACCUUUAUCUAUAAUUACAUGCUAUUGUAUUUCUAUUUAGAGUUGUAGGCCUAAGUUAAUUAUUUUAAUGGAGAGUGUAGAUAUAGUAACUGAGGCGCUUGAAAAAGCAGCGAAACAACAUGAGAAGUACAAACCCAUUACAGUUGAUAAACUAAUUGAAUUGACAUACGAUCUAGGAACACUGCUAGCAUCUGAUAUCAAUGACUUGGAUGUUAAAGAAUUGAGGUCAAACAAGGAAAAGUAUCUAAAAAGUCUUGCCCGAGACAACACCCAGUUGCUUUUCAACAAAAUUUGGGAACUUCCAACAGAAAAUGUAGAGGAUGCCAUUGUUGUUAACCUCCCAGACCAAAAGUACGUCCUACCCCGAGAAAAAAGAAUCCCUAGACCCAAACCUCUGACAAAAUGGCAAAAGUUUGCACAAGAGAAAGGACUUAAGAAGACUAAAAAAUCCAAAUUGACUUGGGAUGAUGUUCUCAAGAAAUGGGUGCCAAUGCACGGUUACAAGCGAGCAGCUGCCGAAAGGGAAAGAGAGUGGUUGGUGGAGGUUCCACAGAACGCAGACCCUUACACAGACGUCUUUGGGGAUAAGGCUGCCCUAAAGAAAGAAAAGGUGGCUAAGAAUGAGUUCCAGCGGCUGAGAAACAUCGCUGUUGCUAAGAAAGUAAAGGUGCCUCGAGUGGGAAUACUACCUGCAGAGAAAUUACCAGUUGAUCAGUUGAGGACUGCAGCCUCAGUUGCCAGAGUUUCCACAGCCUCCAUUGGAAAGUUUCAGCCCAAGUUGCCCAAAGAGAAGAAAGCUGCUACGGGAUCCACUGAGAAAGCCUUGCCCGGCAUAAGGAAAAGAAAACCUCCUCCUUUGAGACCAGCAGAAGAAAAGAAAUCCAAUCUUAACAUUAUCGACUCAAUCCUCAACAAGAGGCCAAAACUUGAUAUGGAAAAGGCAGUCAACAAACACAUGUUUGAGGAACAGAGACAAGAGUCAACCGAGAAGAAAAAGAAAAGCCAAGGAAAAGGAAAGAAAAGAUCAACUUUUGGAAACAAAAAAGGAAAAGGAGCUGGAAAACCAGGCAGUAAACCUGCGGGUGGAAAGGGGAAGAGAACACAAAUGGGGGGAAGAAAAAGGCGAUAGCUGUACAAAUAAAAUGUUUUUAACGGA